AUGUUCAAUGUUGCUAUCUUAAAGUGUUCUAGUCAAUUGAUUCAUUUGCAUGUCAGUUCAACCUCUAACAAUGAUAGUUUCUAUGUUACUUUUGUAUAUGGUAUGAAUGAUGAGGAAGGAAGGAAUAUCUUGUGGAAGGAGUUACAGGCUCUGGCUAUGACUUCCCCUUGGAUUGUAUUAGGAGAUUUUAAUGAUAUCCUAUCUAAAGAGGAACAGAUUGCUAUUCUAACGGUGUAUCCUGAGCUGAUCUCAGGCAGGAAACCUUUCAAGUACUUUCAAAUGUGGAAUUCUUUUUCUGGUUUUCAAGAGCUGGUUCAUGCCGAUUGGAGUAGACCUGUUGAUGGCACAAUGAUGUAUAUUGUAGUUCAUAAACUUAAGCGCCUUAAGGGCACAUUGCGGAUAAUUAAUAAACAAGGUUUUUCUAAUAUUCAUGCUGCAGAGUUGGAGGCCUUUCAUUCUCUUACAGAUUGUCAAAAUAUGUUGAGCAAGGACCCCCUCAACCCAAAUUUAAUUCAGAAGGAAAUCGAAGCUCGUCAAAAGUAUUAUGAGUUACAUAGGUCCUAUUGUUCUUUUUUGCAACAAAAAGCUAAGAUCAAAUGGAGUCAAGAAGGGGAUUCUAACACUGCUUUGUUUCAUGCAAGCAUAAGGGAGAGGAGUUGUCAGAAUAGAAUUUAUUCUAUAACUACUGAUUCAGGAGAUUGGGUUGAUAAACCUGACCAAGUUUCAGCAGCCUUCUUAGAUUACUAUCAGAGUUUAUUAGGCAGUAAGUUGGCGUUGAGGACUAAGGUGAUUAAAAGAGUGGUUCAUCAAGGUGCUAUUCUAACUAGUGAGCAAGCUAAUUCUCACCUUUUGCCUUAUAGUAAAGAGGAAGUUCAGAAAGCUAUUUGGGAGAUACCUGGUACUAAGGCCCCUGGUCCGAAUUGCUAUGGAAUUGAACAAUACUAUUCUGACCCUACUCCCGAAAAAUUGCGCUCUAUUUUUCCUAUGCUUAUUGCUCAAAAUGAAGGAGGAUUUUUCAAAGGAAGGAUUCUUGAUGCCUCGGGUUAUACUAGAAGCCAUCUUCCUUUCAAAUAUCUUGGAGUGCCUAUUUGUUCUAAGAGGAGUUUAGCUAAAGAUUGUCAAAUUCUUCUUGAUAGAAUGCUUGCUCGGCUAAAAUGUUGGAGUUCUAGACACAUUUUUUUUGUUGGCCGUGUAAUAUUGAUCAACUCAGUGCUGCUUUCAAUACAUUGUUACUGGAAUCAGAUCAUGAUUAUUCCUGCUAAGAUUUUGAAAGAGAUUUCAGCUAUGUGUAGGGCUUUUCUUUGGAGUGGUCAAGCUUCUUUGGCUGGUCCAGGUCGGCUUGCUUGGGAUUCUGUUUGCCAGUCCAAGAAAGUUGGUGGUUUGGGUUUUAAAAAUAGCACAGUCUGGAAUAUUGCAGCUAUUGGAAAGUAUGUUUGGGCCGUUGCUGAGAAGAAGGAUAAUCUUUGGGUUAAAUGGGUUCAUGAUGUCCUAUAUCAAGCAAGAAGAUUGGUGGAAUUACUCGGCCCCUGUUUCUAG